GCUUCUCUCUCUUCAUAAGACACUGUCGAGUCCCUCUCUCCAAACAACCCACCAAUGGCGGCUGUGUCAUCACCAUUCUCCACUUCACUGGUGGCCCAGAAACCGAGUUUCCCAGAAGAUUUCCGGCAUGGGUUUUCCACAAGCUUCGAUCUUGGCCGCCAGCGGCCGCUCGUAUGGAAGAGUUCCGAGCUGAAGAAGCUGGUGGUCUCUGCUAGCACUGGCAAUGCUGUUUCUGUCAGUGAUUCUGUGCCUUCAUUGACUUCUAAGGUGAAACGCCAUACUAUUUCAGUGUUUGUUGGGGAUGAGAGUGGAAUCAUAAACCGAAUAGCAGGGGUUUUCGCCAGGAGAGGUUACAAUAUCGAGUCUCUUGCUGUUGGUUUGAACAAGGACAAGGCUCUCUUUACCAUAGUUGUGUCUGGAACUGAAAAGGUGUUGCGGCAGGUUGUUGAACAGCUCAACAAGUUGGUGAACGUGAUAAACGUCGAAGACAUCUCAAGGGAGCAACAAGUAGAACGUGAACUGAUGCUUAUCAAACUUGAUGCAGAUCCAAGUACCCGUGCAGAGAUAAUGUGGUUAGUGGACAUCUUCAGAGCAAAAAUUGUUGAUAUCUCUGAACAGUCACUGACAGUUGAGGUUACUGGGGACCCUGGGAAGGUGGUUGCUGUUCAAAGAAACUUAAGCAAGUUUGGAAUCAAAGAACUUGCUAGAACUGGAAAGAUUGCUUUGAGACGAGAAAAGAUGGGUGCAACAGCUCCUUUCUGGAGAUUUUCUGCAGAUUCUUAUCCAGAUCUUGAGAAGUCCACGUCUGAUGGUGCUCUUGCAGUGAAAGCAAAUCGUACGCUCAAUGGUGAUGCUGGUACUGCCUCAAGGGGUGACGUUUAUCCUGUGGAGCCCUAUGAUGACUUCCGUUUGAAUAAAGUUCUUGAUGCGCAUUGGGGUGUUCUCUACGACGAAGAUUCAAGUGGCGUUCGAUCACACACUUUAUCUAUGAUUGUAAAUGACUAUCCUGGAGUUCUAAACACAGUUACUGGAGUCCUGUCCCGAAGAGGUUAUAACAUUCAGAGCCUAGCUGUGGGGCCCGCUGAAAUGGAGGGGCUUUCUCGCAUUACAACAGUUGUUCCCGGUACAGAUGAUUCAAUAUCCAAGUUGGUUCAGCAACUCCACAAGUUGAUAGAUCUUCAUGAGGUUCGGGAUAUUAGUCACUUACCAUUUGCUGAGCGAGAGUUGAUGUUGAUAAAGAUUGCUGUGAACACUACUGCUAGAAGGGAUGUUCUUGAUAUUGCCAGCAUUUUCCGUGCCAAAGCUGUUGAUGUAUCCGAUCAUACAAUUACCCUUGAGCUGACUGGUGAUUUAAAUAAGAUGGUUGCACUGCAGAAGUUACUAGAGCCCUAUGGGAUUUGCGAGGUUGCGCGGACUGGGAGGGUGGCGUUGCAGCGGGAGUCUGGUGUGGAUUCCACAUUUCUCCGCGGAUACCCCCUUCAGUUGUAAUGCUGGGUUCCUCGCCCAUAUCCUAUCCAGGUUAUGUGAGCUUUCUGCCAUCCAUUUUGACGAGCUCACUUGUGACCAGCUUUGUUGAUAAGGAAUAAAAUGCAGUUCGGCUGUUAGGCCUAAAGAAAGAGUGAAUCAACCAACGUCUUCUUUUGGAGAUCAUUGAUAAACCCUGGAUAGAAGAUCCGACUCCCACGAACCCUGUGUUGGUAAGCCGGUGUUUUACCCGGGAAGCAAUGUAUGGAGGUUAAAUUAAGAAUUUAGAGUGUGUCAGUCAGUGUUUAAGUCUUAGGUUAUUAAAUUUAUGUUGUAUCAGUGUAACAAGCACAUGUAUGUUUGUAAUACACGUUAGCUCUUGUUCUUC